UCCCCGCAUUCUCUAUCAUGAACAAGCUUUCUACUCGGCAAUUGUGGCUUGAAGAGGCAACUGGAUGAAAGAAGAUGCGAGUUUCGAUGAUCAAUGCAGCUAUCUUAUCGGAGUUGCGCAAUUGAGUUUUUUGUUUUCGUGCAAGAGUGGAGUGGUGAGGAUGAGCAUAUAUCCUGCAGGCUGUCAAGCCAUUCUCAAUUUUGUAUUCUGUUUGCUGCCCGUCAGGCUUCUUUACAUACGUAACUUGUCUGAGAGUUUGAAUCAAGACCGUCAUGUCUGCCCUUUCAAUUUUGCUCGUGGGAGCUUCACUUCUGGGAUCCUCCGUAGCCGCAGGCUCCUAUUCGAUCUCGGCUGCAACUGCUUCAUCUGAAGCUAGUGAGCUCACUGUCUCAUCACAUGUACUUGAGCUCAGCCGGAAGACUUCUGCCAAAGGUUACAAUGCGAGAAGUGCUGCAUUCCUUCUGGGCAUGUCUCGAGCAAGCAAGAUCACAGUAUCAAAUCAUACCUCAAUACUCGAAUCGCUCUUCAUCGGAGAAGAAUUUGCCACCAAUAUUACCUUUGGUACCGAAACGUUUGAAUCGAUUGUCGACACUGGAUCCAGCGACACUUGGGUAGUCGAAAGUGGGUUUGAGUGCGUUGAUGUAGAGACCAGUGCACCAGAGACGGAGGCAUACUGCGAUUUUGGGCCAGUCUACAAUGUCACGGACUCAUUCCAACAGAUUCCAGACGAAAACUUCAAUAUCACUUACGGCGAUGGAGAAUUCUUGACUGGUGUUGUUGGAUAUGAGACAGUGACUCUGGCGGGCAUUACAGUCAACCAAACCGUUGCUCUUGUCAACUAUGCAGCAUGGGAAGGUGAUAAUACAACGUCUGGUCUCAUUGGCUUGGCGUACCCUGCACUCACAAGCGCAUACGCCGGCACAGACCCCACGCUUGACAACUCCGCAACCGGCGAACAAAUUCAGUACAGUCCAAUCUUCAAGACCAUGUACACAGACGGUCUCGUCUCUCCCUUGUUCAGUCUCGCUAUUCUCCGCGACAUCUCGGGAGACUCUGGAUAUCUUGCUCUCGGAGGUCUGCCUCCUGUCAACAUCAGCGGGGAUUUCACAAGCACACCAAUCUUGAUUACCAACAUUGAAGGCUACCUUGAAACAUACGACUUCUACACCAUCAAUAUCGACGGCAUAACAAUCGACGGAAGAACUGAGCGAGGAUCAAGCGGUGCCACACAGUAUAUCGUUGAUUCCGGCACCACGCUGAACUACUUCCCAACCAGAAUCGCUGAUGCAGUCAAUGACGCUUUUGUCCCGCCUGCAAUCUAUGACGAAGAUGAAGGUGCUUACAUUGUGGACUGUUCCGCCACACCUCCAAGCUUGGGAAUAGUGAUUAACGGGACGACGUUCUACACCAAUCCGCUUGACAUGAUUCUGCUUGCUGGAACAGACGAGGCCGGAGACGAUGUUUGCAUUACAGGUAUUGAUGAUGGAGGAAGUGAUGCCGCGGAAGAUGUAUACAUUCUAGGAGAUACGUUCCAGAAGAACGUCGUUACAGUCUUUGAUGUUGGGGCAGCGGAGUUGCAGUUCGCGGCAAGAGAGUAUUAUCCUAGUAAUGAUCCAGUCAAGGCUUAGCGGGGUAACGGCAACGAAUUCAUGUAGGAAAGAGCUAAUGUCGUUCGUUUCUUGUAUAUACUGAAGAUGAAGUAAAGAUUCAUGAUAUGAAAUUGUAUUUACA